GUGACUUGGCUGGGGACUUUGGGAAGAGCAACUAUUUGAGGUUACUUCAGGCAAGAGGAGAAAGCAAGUAUGUUUUCCAGCGCUUUGAAGAAAAUUUCUUCCUCUCAGGUGUAAGUAGGAUUCCUAAUUCUUCCUACAUCUUUUGCUAUUUCUCAAGAUUUAGAAACAGUGGGAAGAAUGUCAUGGUUAGAUUCAGUGCUUUCUCCCCUCUUUUUAAGAAAAAAAGAUGCCAGUACUCACCAUGAAGUAACUACAAUAAGAGCCACACUUUUAGCAUGGGGGGCGAGGAGGUGUCGGUACUACCUAUCCUUGAGUAAGGUAAAGGUAAAGUGACCCCUGACCAUUAGGUCCAGUCGUGGCCGACUCUGGGGUUGCGGCGCUCAUCUCGCUUUAUUGGCCGAGGGAGCCAGCGUCCAGCUUCCGGGUCAUGUGGCCAGCAUGACUGAGCCGCUUCUGGCGAACCAGAGCAGCGCACGGAAACGCCGUUUACCUUCCCGCCGGAGCGGUACCUAUUUAUCUACUUGCACUUUGAAGAAGAAAAAAUCUACUUGCACUUUGACGUGCUUUCGAACUGCUAGGUUGGCAGGAGCAGGGACCGAGCAACGGGAGGUCACCCCGUGGUGGGGAUUCGAACCGCUGACCUUCUGAUCGGCAAGCCCUAGGCUCUGUGGUUUAACCCACAGUGCCACCCGUGUCCUAUCCUUGAGUACCCCCCAGAAAAAGCACUGUUUAGAUUAUUUUUAAAAGAUUGUUCUCAGGGCCGCCUUAGAUGCUUUGAGGGAAAGGACUUGCAUUCUCCCUUGUGGGCAUAUCACAAGAAGGGCAUCUCCCAGCUUUGGAGGGUCUUUUGACAAGAUGCCGUUUUCCGUGGGUCCAUAUCCUUGCUGCCAGGUGCCCCCAAUGCAGCGCAGAGAUAGAGAGUAUCAAGGAAAUAACUAUAAUCCAUUUCCUGACCUUCUCUCUUUCCUUCCCUAGAUUUCAAAGGCUGUGCAGGCCAAAAAACCAUGCCCUGGUCUAUAAAGAGGAGGACGAUUUAGUAAUUGUGACCCAUAAAAGGGAAGUGGUUGUGAAAAUCAGAUUAAUCCAUGUUCAACCCUUCAAGGCUCAGGGGAUGGAUAAUCCCCAGACCAAGGUAAGAGAUCACCUGUGUUAAUGAAGAACAGUGAGGCCAGAGAGAAUCUGGCUUGCUGGGGAGGAAGGAAGGAGGCCGGUCACUGAUUCACGAAGACUUCAGGGACAUCCCUUUUGAAGGAGAGAGAGAACCAUUUCUCUUUACUUCUGCCCUUUUCCAUUACGGUGUAGUGCCCACUGCAGUCUUUCAGAUUUACAGGUGUGCCCAUGGGUUCAAAGGGUUGGCAACCCAAGUUAGACUGCUGGACUAGGACUGCGGGACCAGGGUUCAAAUCCCCCCUCACCCAUAGAACUGAAUGGGUGGCCUUGGGUGCUCACUGCCUCUAGGCCUACCUCACAGAGCUGUUGUGAGGAUGGGAUGAGGGGAGGAGACUCACGUAAGCCACCCUGAGAUCCUUGCAGGGAAAAGGGGAUAGGAUAUCAAUGGAAUAAUAAAUGCAUAGUGAAUGAAAAAAUAAGAAUUUUUCUUUUUUCUUCCAGGCAGAAAACUGUGGGAAGAAGAAGGCCAGCAUCUCCAGUCCAGCUCCCCUCCAAAAAGACCCCCUUCCCCCUUCCCCACAAUCCCAAAUAUACAAAUAA